GUGGCUCGCUGCAGCCUCUGAAGCUGAAGAGAGAGAUUCCUCUUUUUCUCCUUCAGUGGCGUGAAUAAUAUCCCCGGCGCUGGAGAGAGAGCUUAUCAGGAGGCAAACAGGAAGGAGAGAGAGAUAGAAGCCAGUGUGACAGAUAAGAUCGUGGCACAACUCUCUCCCUGCCUGCACUGAGGCCCGGGGGGACGAGGCACACACACAAACAGAACAGGUCCAGAGGGAAGACUGACCCCAGCGAGGUGUCGACAGCCUCAUCUGUGGAUUCGCUCGAGUGUUAUGGCUUUUCUCGACCUGAGCCUUGCUGUCCUGUAGAGGAGCCGUGCCCCCCCCCCACUAGAAGAACUUGUGUUUGCAGCCUGAGGGAGGAUGGAGGAGCUGUCAGCGAAGGACAAGGAGCUGAUACGAGGCAGCUGGGAGAGUCUGGGCAAGAACAAAGUUCCUCACGGCGUCAUCAUGUUCUCCAGGCUGUUUGAGCUGGACCCGGCGCUCCUCAGUCUUUUCCGCUACAGCACAAACUGCGACACCACACAGGACUGCGUCUCCAGCCCUGAGUUCCUGGAGCACGUCACCAAGGUAAUGCUUGUGAUCGACGCGGCUGUCAGCCACCUGGACGACCUGCCGUCCUUGGAGGACUUCCUGCUCAACCUUGGCAGGAAGCACCAGGCCGUGGGCGUCAGCACGCAGUCGUUCGCCGUGGUGGGUGAGGCGCUCCUCUACAUGCUGCAGCGCAGCCUGGGCCAGGCCUACACGGCGCCGCUGCGCCAGGCCUGGCUCAGCAUGUACGGCGUGGUGGUGGCGGCCAUGAGCCGGGGGUGGGCCGAGAACGGCGAGGACAAGGCCGACUGAGGCGCUGGGAGCUGCCACGUCACUCAGCACGGUUGCCAUGGAACAAGGUUGUGUAACUUGCAGCAUUGUGGCUUUGGCCGCUCUACAUUUGCCGGGAGCCGCUUGCAUAGUGUAGCGAAUGCAUGUUGUGGUUACACUUUACUAUUGGACUGACCAGUUGCAGGGUUUCUUCUCUUUGCUGUGGAUCUUUGGCCACCAGGCGAUGAUGCUGCCGGAGCCGGCCGCUUCCUCUGGGUCCGGACCUGUAAUCCGACAUCCUCAUAAUGAGAGCCAGUGUUUUUGUAUAUAAUUACUUUGAUAUAUCUGCUCAGUGAUUGUAGUGGUCUUUGUGAUGUGUCUUUAAAGAGUUGCACAAUUGUGUAAAAGCAGAAAUUAUACUAAGACAUCACACACCGCUGUUGGUGUGACGGUUACUGUGGCCAGCGUGGCAGCUCUCUAUCUAACUGGAACACAGUGACAGCGCUACAAUACAAUACGUUUUUGACAAAGCAAUGUGAUUUUGCAGAGGAAAAAUCACCUCAUUCACAGUCACUACUGUGAUUUUUAUUAUUCACGCACAACACGUCGCCUCUCUUGACUUUAAUAUUUAACCCAGUAACGAUAAGCAAGUUUUAAACCCGUUCUUAGAUGUUGACAGGAACUGUUAUAUCCCAAUAGCUUUUAUUCAGCGAUCAAUGACUGUUACGGCGUGUGUGUGCACCGGGGCUCAGACGGUGCGUGACGCUCUCCUCACUGGAGGCUGUGAGUAUUUCAGUAGGCUUCAGCUGACUGUUAUUAUACCUAUAGACUGUUAUGUUUGAAAGUAAAGCAUAGAGGAAACGUAAGAAAUGUGUUCUGUGAGUAUCACUUUGGUUAUUGUUAAUGUGGUCUGUUCUGUUGUGCUGUACUUGCUUAUCUCAGUGAUUAUUAACUGUGUUACGGAGCCUGUGUUUCUCCAAAACAGCUGUGACCUAGAAGUGGAACUAAAAGUUCAUAGAGGUUCUGUGUUCGGAAACAAAGUCUGAUUUAAAUAAGAAGAAUAUUUUCUAUUCAUUUAUUCGAAUGGAACAAAUAAUAUGUGUUACUGUCCAGUGUGUGUGUGUUAAUACAGUAUAGCUGCCAUAACACUGUAUGUACCAUGCUCAGCUGUUAUUUACAUUCAUGGUCAUGAUGCCAAGUAACUUAGCAACAGCCAAGUAUUAGAUAAUAACACCAUACAACUGUAAAUCCAAGCUGCUGACAAGUGGCUAAUAUUAUUUUAGCUUCAGUUUAGAUUCACAAAGUUUAUUUUUAUAUUGUGAAAUAAAUGCAUGUGUAGUGAAAGAGCUUUUAUUCGUUUUCCCCCACUCCGCUGUACAGAAUGUCACAGUCAUCGUUCCAGUUCAAACCCAAGACGAGAAGACGAAUUUGCUUUUAAAAGCUGAAAGUGAGAAAAGGAGGCUGCUCAGAAGCAGCGCAUGUUGUGUGUGCGCUGUGUAGCCCACAGGUGUGAUGUGUGUUACCUGUUGCCUGUGUAGGUGCUGUAGUAUCGGUGCACAGACCCACGCAGGCUGAUCUGUUCAUUAUGGCUGUUUCACUGUCUACCUCACCAGCAUCAGCUGGGACGCCACCAGUUCCCCUUCAACCAAAACCAACACACGCACAGCGUUCCUUCAUAGAAGCGCACUCUUUGUAAACUGGACUCAAAUCAUGUUGUGUGCCACCCAAUAAAGUGAUCUGUGGAUAUUUUACUGCUGAA